AUGCUUGCCUAGAAGAAUACAAAAAUUUCCAAUGAUCACAUUUUGAACGGAAGUUGUGAAAUGGAAGACUUAACAAGUAAUCCAUAAGAUGACUGUCUAAUAGUUUAUCCAUACGAAUUAGUUAACAGGGAGUUCUUUGGAUUUAUCGAGAAGACAUCCCUUAUCAAGGAAAAUUUAGAGCUGUUAUCAAAAGUAGGUCAAAAUUUAAGAUUGAAUUAUAAAGAUUGGCCAACAGCUGAUUAGGCUAUCUUACUUUUUUAAAAGAAUAUUCAAAAUGCUAAGAAAAAGUCAAUAAAAUGGAGCGAUUUCGAGAAGAAACUCUUUUAUUGGAUUGUUAUGAGAUAUUAUAUCUACAAAGGAAUCAAGGAUAAUAAAUAGUUAGUAUGGAAUAUAUAUUAAUUUGUAAAGGCUACUGAAGAAUGGAGAGAAAUAUCAAAAAUCGUUUUAGGAAGGAAUGCUCAUUAAUGUCGAUUGAAAUGGGAAUAAAAAUAUAAAAUACCAUUAUCAGAAGCCCCUUGGACCGAAUAAGAGGACAACUUACUCUAUUAAGUGCAUGAGUAAGAGUAUUUCUAAGUUUUAGAGAGUUUAAGAAAACAGGUAGGGAGAAUAAGUGGUCUAAAAUUUCAAGAGAAAUAUUUAAAAGAUCUAAUAAUAAAAUAUUCAGAUAACCUAAAUAGUGUAGAGAACGAUGGAUUAACCGUUUGGAUCCAAAUAUUUCGAAGUACCAAAAAGAUAAUUAUUAGUGAUCCUUGGAGUAAACAACAAGAAAUAGAUUUGUUAAAAACAAUACUAAUAAGAGGUAAGAAAUGGUCAGAACUAUCAACUCUUUAUGGGAGAGCUAGAACUGAGAAUUCUUUAAAAAAUAAAUACAACUCUAUCCUUAAAAAAGAAAAAAUAAAGUAUGAGUUUGAAACAAUAAAUCCACAUUUAUUUGAGAAAGUUUAAAAAUUGAGAAAAGACUAUUCUAAAAGUUAUGGUAAAGUCACUCCCAUUGAAGAAAUCGAUAACUAUGAAUGGUAGUUUAUAGUUUUAGCAAUAUAAUCAUUGUACAUAGAAAAAUGCAUGUAAGAAGGUAAGAUUGAAGAGGCUUAAAAAAUCAAUAAUGAUAAUUUUUUCGAUCUAUUUCAUGAAGAACCAUUAAUCAAAACAUAUAAAAGCAUUUUAUAUAAAAAAGAACUAAAUAUUAAAAAGGUCGACCAGAAUUUGGUUCUUAAUAAUGAAAAGUGUGGAGUUGUAGUAUUUAAUCAUAAAAAUAAAAAAGUAUUUUUAACACCGUAUAAUGUGAUUGAUUUUUAAAAUAUAGUUUUAAAUCAAAUUAAAAAGAAGGUUAAAUUGGAAGAUAAUACGACAACUACAUCUACUUAAUCUGAUCCAACCUAGAAUUAUAUAAGAAAUUCAAUAGGGACUUAAUCCAUCUAAUAACUAUUAUAUUUCACUAAUUAGCCUAAUUAUUUUGUUCCUUUGAGUUAGAGCAUUUUCAAUAGUUAUUGGUUGCCUCCUGUCUUUCCAUAACAAAUUGUAACUUCUUAAGUUUAAAAUAAUAACGGCAUUGGUUGUUAAUAAUUUUAGGAGAAUAAACUAAAUGAAAACCAUUAGCAAUAAAAAGAAGAUUUAAAUAACCUUUUUGAAGAAAUCGGAGUUGAUAUCAAAAUAGUUAAUUCGGAUGAUGAAUAAUGA